GUCAGACUUAAGAAAAUCCUACCAACGUGCCGUUUAACCUUCACCAUCCAUCCAGGUUCCCACGUAACAAAACAACACGUGAUUCAUUCUCCACCUUCACCUGCACGUUUGUGACAUCCUGGUAAUUUCGGUUGUCUUCUAUCACGAUCUUGUAAUUCACAUCUUCGAACGCCAGAUCAACAAACAAGAUCAUCUCAACAUGAGUGCUGAACAGACUCCACCAGUAGUGGCGGCCACUCCCGCCACCGAAAGCCCCAAGGCCGAAUCCAAGAACGAGGCAGCUGCAGCAACCCCUGAGACCAGCCCCAACAAAGUCGCAGAGGAAAAACCAAAAGUCCCGGAAGAAAAAGACAAAGCCCCCGAGAAGGCCGUUGAGAAAUCCUCAGGAGUGUCUGAGGGCCCUUUGCAAAAAUUCGCCGCUGAGCUCCCGGCUCUCAUCAAAGAAACCGGCCAUGGUGAGAUGUGGGGCGUGGAACUUUCCUCGGAUCCUAAUCAUGUCCCGACAUCUAUCGUCCUGGAGAAGUUCUUGAGAGCUAACAACAAAGUCGUUCCUGAUGCUGCUGCGCAGUUGAAGAAGGCUUUCGUAUGGAGGAAGGAGAUGAAGCCCCGUGCUCUGUUGGAGGAUGUGGAGUUUGAUAAGAGCAAGUUUGGGGAUUUGGGGUUUGUUACUGUGUACCCCCAACCGGAUGGGUUGAAGGAGAUUGUGACUUGGAAUGUUUAUGGGGCGGUUAAGGAUAAUAAAAAGACUUUUGGGGAUGUUCAGGAGUGAGUCUUUUUCCUUUUUCCACUUUUCUCGAUGGUCGUUGGGGCUUGGCGUUCUAUGCUAAUGUGUGUUAUAGGUUUGUUAAAUGGCGUGCGGCUCUUAUGGAGUUGUCUCUCAAGGAGUUAGAUUUAGGUUCUGCUACUGUUAAGAUUACGGAGAAUGGCGUUGAUCCUUACCGUGAGUUCACCUUUUUUUUUUGCUUUUGCUUUUGUUUCUAGCCAACGACCUUCUCCUUGGUGUAUGAGGGCCAAAACUCGCCGUCUCACGUUUAUAGGCGUGUAAGUUUGGGAAAACAAGUGUUCAAACUGCCAAACUCUCUCGAACUUCAUUUGCUAGCGCUUUCUUUCCUCCAUGAUGCACUAUCACGAGUAGUCACUCUCUUCUCAUUCUCUUCAUAUCUUGCUUUCUUCCACAAAAAACAACAACCUACAACCACCAACUAACAUCCACCAGGAAUGAUCCAAGUCCACGAUUACCUCUCCGUCUCCUUCCUCCGCAUGGACCCCACCAUCAAAGCCGCAUCCAAGCAAACCAUCGAAACCUUCAGCAUGGCCUACCCAGAACUCGUAAAAGAGAAAUUUUUCGUCAACGUCCCCCUACUUAUGGGCUGGGUCUUCACAGCCAUGAAAUUGAUUCUCUCGCCCGCCACGAUCAAGAAGUUCCAUCCGUUGAGCUACGGUAGUAGUUUGGCGGGACAGGUGCCUUUUGGACACGAGUUACCGCCUGCUUAUGGUGGGAAGGGGAAGGAUGUUAAGGAGGGGUUGACUGUUAGGUAUGCUGGUGAGGGGCCGAAGACUGCUCCUGUAGUGACUGAGCCGGUUGUUGCGAAGGAAGAGCCGGCUGCUAAGCAGGAACCAGUUGUUGCGAAGGAAGAACCGGCUGCUAAGGAAGAACCAGCUGUUGCUAAGGCUGAACCAGCUGCGAAAGAAGAAGCGGUUGCGAAGGAACCCGCUGCUGCAAAGGAAUAAGUGAGGUCUUCACGUUAUGAAAGUAGGAUGUCGAAUGUUGCUCGGCGACGACAGUUUCUUCAUUGUAUGAAGGUUGAUUGGAGGCCAUUAUUGAUGUUGUUGUUUUUUUGAUUGCAAGAGAUAUCCUGUUGCGAUCAUACAUUUAAUAGCUUCAAAAAAUUUGAGUAUAAUUAAUUCUUCACUGCCAUGAAAGAAUAUCUACAUUUACAAUGAUCUGUCC